AUGUCGCGCAUACACUGGCGGCACUUUUCGUCCUCCCCAACUCGCAGUUCAGCAUUCGCUCGUCGAUGGUAUCACGAUUCGGCGCCCCAAAAGACAGGAUCGAGACGAGUCUUGUCAAAGAACACAUUCCGCUACAUUCGUUGCCAAGGAGACUUUCGCUUUCUUCCGACAAGUGAGCCGGAAAACAUCCCUUCAUUCAGAAGUCAUACCUGGUCAGAAGCCCGGGCUCGAGUCAAAACGCGCAAGUUGUCUUCUCAAGAAAAUGUGCGGCACAGCUCCUCCUCGUCGUCGUCGGAGUUUGACAAGGAUCCACCCGAGCUGAACCAUCUCACAACAGACGGUGAAGCCCACAUGGUUUCGAUCUCGGGCAAGGUUCCAACAAGACGGUCGGCCACAGCAACGACGGUCCUCUUGUUCUCUGACCCUCAAACAUAUAGAGCCUUGCUCGCAGCUCGUCUGCGCAAGGGCGACGCCAUAGCUGUGGCUCGCAUUGCCGGGAUCCAAGCUGCCAAGAAGACGGCCGACCUGAUUCCGCUUGCACAUCCAGGCCUAUGUAUUACGGGGGUGAGAGUCCAUCUGGAACCGUUCAUGAGUGAUCAACUCCCCAAGCCGUUCACCGCGGGGCCCCUGGCACUGGGCCAAGACGCGUUGAAGUAUGGCGGCGUCGCCGUCACGGCUACCGUGGACUGUGAAGGCAAAACAGGCGUGGAAAUGGAAGCCAUGUCGGCCGCGUCCGUGGCCGGAUUGACCAUGUACGACAUGCUGAAGGGCGUGGACAAGGCCAUGGUCCUGACAGCGACUCGGGUCGUCGCCAAGAGCGGCGGCAAGUCUGGAGACUGGGUGUGGGAUGAAAAGUCAAACUCCAUUGUGAAAGUCGGCGUUGCCGUCGACGACAAUAGGGCGGUGGACCGAGCGGGGCCGGCGGCCACGCCAAAACGUCGCGACACUAAGACGAGCUUGACGAACGCCAUCAAAGCCGAUGAUGACGCGGACGUGUUACGAGCUCUGGAGCAACAAUAUCACGAGAUCAAGAAUAAGAAGAUUGCCAGUUGGACCUCCCACAUGCAAAGGGAGAUUGACAACGGUGUUCUCAUGCCGAACAUCCAUUAUCAUUGGGCGCGGUGGCCUGUGACGACGACGCCGCCUCACAGCGGCAGCGGCAGCGGCGGCGGCGGCGGCGGCGGCAGACCAGAUACAAAAGAAGAACGACGGGCCUCGUCCACCACCACCACUACUAGUAGUAGUCCGGCUGUCCCCAACUUUGCGACGAACGAGCAGCACGAACAGGCCGAAGCAGUUGCAGUACCGGUCGAGUCCAAGAUGGCUCGAAGAGCAGGGGACUGCGAGGCUUCGGAUUCGUUCACGACGACCCUCUUGCGCCGAGGCAGAGUUGGUACUCGUGAAUUCCUCUCUACGAGACGCCAGCGGUUGGUGGACAUGCUUGAGAAUGGGGGAGUUCCAUUAACGACGGAGCGAGGUUCUUAUUAG